CGUCAUCGAGUGGGCGUGUCUGCGGUGUGACUGUACACUCGCCGUGCACGCGCGGUCACGGCUGAUGCGUCACACGUGCACAUGAAAGGACACACAUACACUGCACACACACAUCAGCUGUGAUGUCUCAGGCUGACGGGAAGUGGCAGAGCGAGGUGGAGGAGAAGAAGCGUCAGCUGGAGGAUGACAGAAGAGCGCUGCAUCACGUGAAGUCAAAGGCGCUGCGAGAGCGCUGGCUGCUGGACGGCGCACCACCUGUUGGAGAUGAACAGAAGCAGCAGCAUGAGGAACACGCCAAGAACCUGGAGGACACCGUCAGCAGGUUGGAAAAAGAAUUAAUGAAUCUUGAGAGCACAGGAGCGUGCACGAGUUCAGUGAGAUCAGGAACAAAUCAAGAGGUCAGAGUUCACCAGGCGGGAGGCGAUGACAUGAUGAAGCGAGCAAUGUAUUCGGUGGAGAUCAAAGUAGAGCGGGACAAGGCGACGGGGGAGACGCGGGUCCUGUCCUCGCACACCAAACUUCCUGUCGACUGCUCUCAUGGAGGGGUCAAAGUUUACGAGGAUGAUCAGAAAGUGGUUCAUGAGGUCAACGGCGAGGAUGGCGUCCACCUGCUCAGCGCUGCCGAGGUGGACGAGCUCAUCCUCAAAGCCGAUGAGGCACUGACAACAUCAUGCGUGGCGGUCCGAGAAAAGGAGGAGGAGGAGGUGAAGGUGAAGGAGGAAGGGGCGGCAGCGGUGGCAGAGAUCACUGGGCUGGAAGCCACGCCCCAGGAGCAGGGUGGCACCGAGGAGCCAGUUACGAUGGUGUUUAUGGGCUACCAGGAUGUGGAGGACCAGGACCACACUAAGGAGGUCCUAGGCCUGCAGGGGACAGUCAAGGCGGAGCUUGUCCUCAUUGAGGACCGGAAAACCCCACCGUCAGGAGGACCGAUGGAUGCCCCGCCAAUGUCCACCACUAUUCCAGAGAUAGUGGACAAGUGUGAAUUGGCGGGGGUGCCAGCAAGAGGCACUGUGAAGACCAAGAAGGAGAAAGAGGCACGUAAGUGCUGCAUCAUCAUGUGAACCUGCAGGGGGCGCCACAAAAUAUUUCCACAAGACUGCAAAACAUCACGUCCUGUUUUCUUUUUUAUUUCUCAUCUUUGCUUUCAGCAGCUGACUAGCAUUAGCACAUGCUACCUGUAAAAAAAACAUGUGACAAAGUAAUGCAAGCAUGUCAUGAACAUGAAUGCCAUCACUUCCUGUUGUUGUUUGUGUUGUGUUGACUGCGGCUGACAUACAAACACAAUGCUAACACCAAAGCUAAAUAUUUGCUGCUUAGCUACUGCAUGCUAGCAGCAACACAAGUAUUGGGACACAGCUCUUUAUAAUGUUCUGCUCCCAGUGCACACAGCAACAUCCACGAAGGCAUUCUCUGAUGAGUUUGCUGUUCAAGAACGAGAACAGCGAUGGUGACCACCGACUUCAGCGAUCUCACAAAUGGACACUCCAAAAGCUUGUAGAACGCCUUCCCAAUAAGAGUGGAAUGCGUUUGAGACGCCACGUUUUCUUCAGUUUUAUUUUCCUGCAGCUGUCCCAAUACUUUUGUGCGUAGCCAGCUUCCUGUGACCAUUAAGCAUUAAUGGCACCGUAUCUUCCGUCAACAGAUGCGACCUUGCUGAUGUCACGACCAAGAAGGUCAGCAAAACCCUGAGGGAGGAGCUUUAAAAUGUUGUCCUCACGGUGGCGCUAAUAUCCAAUAAGUCUCUUAAUGAGCAAUCCAAGGCUGUGUCUGAAAUGGAAUACUUCCGUCAGUACACUUCAUUAUGUAUACUCGUUGUAUAUACUACGUACACUGCAUACUUAGUUCCUGAAGACACAAUUUUGACAGUGUAGUGCUGUCCCAAAUCCAUUUCUGUUGUUGUGCAUUCACUGGAAAUGACUGUAAUCACAGUAUUUAGCGGCCUUGUCUUCUUCUCUCAUUUUAAAAUGAAAUGUACACUGCUUAAAAAAAUAAAGGGAACACUCAAUUCACACUCAGUCAAAACUGCUGCGCCGUUAUUCAAACUGUCCACUUAGGAAGCAACACAGAUUGACAACCAAUUUCACAUGCUGUUGAGCAAAUGGAAUAGACAACAGGUGGUGUCUUUUCCACUUCAAUUUGGAGUGUGACUCCGAAUCCAGACCUGUAUGGGUUAAUACAUUUGAUUUCAGUUGAUAAUUUUUUGUGUGAUUUUGUUGUCAGCACAUUCAACUAUGUAAAGACCAAAAUAUUUAUAAAAAUAUUUCAUUAAUUCAAAUCUAGGAUGUGAUAUUUUAGUGUUCCCUUUAUUUUUUUGAGCAGUAUACUUUUUAAAUUUAAUUCAUUUACAUUUUUAAAGUUAAAAUCUCUCAAGUUUUUGCACUGAAUCUGGACCGGAAGCCGUUAACUCAUUCACUUACUCGUACCUGUUACCGCUUACUAAAUUAAAAAAGGAAACCAGGUGACGUGUCACAGCGUGAUAAAAUGUGUGAGUUUAAGUCCUUGUGCACACAGGAACGCUGAAAAAAAGUCACGUAAAUAGUCUCUAGUAAAUAGUCGCAUCCAGACGAUGAACUGAUUACUGGGUGAAAACAAUGUAACACAUAAAGUACACCUACCUACCUCUAAACACACACAGACAGAAUCAUGUGACACCAACACUAUAGAAGAAGAAAGAGCCAAUGCGCAUAAACUCGGUUUGUUUCGACUUAGGACGAAGUGGAAUUACAUUUCAGCAUUUUGGAGCAUAAAACAACAACGUAUCAGGAGAGUGUCGACUGUGGUGAGCCAUGAAAUAUUCAGAUAUUAUGCUGGCUUGUCAGCAACGCUCACUUCUGGUCACGUGACGACGAAGGUGUGGUGACGUCAUCGUUUUCGUAACGUUGUGGUUUGUUUUUCUACACGGAAAACAACAUGGCAACGAUGAUUUUCCCACUCUAGAAGCCGUUUAAAAAAAUAAUAAUAAUACUGUUUCAGGGCACCCAGAAGGCCGUUUCCGUGUGGAUGAAAGGCUGAAUUGAUAAAAUACUUAGCCGUUUCGACUUGAAAAUGUUCCCGUGUGGACCGCCCCUAAAUGUGAGUUUCUGUGCAUGCACUCUGACUGGACCUCGAGGGAAUCCCGACGCACGUAGGUGAGGCACUCCUGUCAGUUAAAGAAUGGAGCUUCCCAUCCCUAAUGGCGACCACGUAAAAGUUAUUCCCUCCCCUUAUGCAAUGUUGCCAAUUUGGCGACUUUGUCUAAAUCUGGCUACAUUCCAAACCCUCUUGGCGACAUAUUUUCUCAAAAGCGACAAAUCUAGCUACUUUUUCUGGCGUCGUCGGGGAAUUUCCUGGUGUUCGGGAACUUAAAAGUGAAAGCACGUAUUGAUCUGCAGUUUCUGUUCUCACUGAGCAGCAGGGGAUGCUGCUGAGACGUCCGCCCCGCCCCAAAGCAGUCACAACCAUCAGUGCACUGUCAAGUCCCCAGUCACACUGGGAGCAUAGUGGAGCUCCCCGCAUCCACGAAUCACGCAUGCAGGAGGCGCGAUGCCGCUCGGGUGCAUCUUGACCUGUUUUAAAGAGCGGCAUCUGAAACGUAAAUGUUUCUUAAUCUUCGCUACCCAUUACACUCAAACCUCAUUCGGACUCGACCACUUACCUGUCAGUGUGUCACAACGUGAGACGGGAGAACAAUGAGCGAGAAGUUAAACAAGUUGUCCUAACUACAAGAUAAGAGGUGGAGGCUGGAGGCGAGUCCGUAUGUAAUUAUUACACUGUCUUGGCUUUGAGAGGCGCUGGCUGAGAUAAAAUAUUAAAAUAAUUUUAUUUUUUUAUGAAGUGAUGGCCAAUUUUAAAUGAACAAAGAAAGAAGCAAGUUAAUUUGUAGUUGUAAACAUAAUUAAGAUGUUUUUACUCACUGUUUUGUCUCUUCUACGAGGUUACGCUUUUUUCCUACAGCAUCUCUUACGUCACAUGCAAAUAAUAUGCAAAUUAGCCCAAUAUUAGCCCAAAUUAGUCCAAUAGCUACUAAGAAGUUGGCAACAGUACCCUUUUGCUACAUAGCCAAGAUGGCGAUGAUUGAUGGUGGUGUUAGUUGCCGCACAUUCACUAUUUGGGGCGAGUUGAGUGCAUUAGGCCGUAUUUUGCACUUAUGCACUCUAAAUGCUAAACGAAAGUACGCCAAUUGAGAUACAGCUCAACUCUCCUUUUCUUUUUUUAUUGUUUCUGUACUAACUAGAUGUGCUGAUGCUCUGCAAACAAAUAUAUUCACAAUUAAAAAGUGAUGUUGCAAAGCAAA